AUCUCUGUUGAAUCAGCAGUGGGAACCUUGCUGUACACAAGACACUCAUGCUACCCAAUGUUUCAGAAGAAGUUCUUAGAGGCGAGCUGGAGAAACACAGUCUGGCGGGACUGGUGGACAGUAAUGGGAAAAUGAAUGUAAGACUACCAGUGUUCCGCAGAAAGAAAAGAAACUCCUUCCGAAAUGUCAUUAAUCAGGACAGGUGCUUGUGUGCUGAAGAGCUAAAAAGCACGAGUCUGAAAUUAUGGUUAAAGGGUGUUUUUAAUGGAAGUUCCAUUAUCAAUGAUGAACUGUAUCCUACAAUAAUUUCCAGGUUUUGUGGUCCAGCCUCACAGUCCCCACUUCCUGUGCCCAUAAAGACUAUCACCUUACCCGUAACACCUGAACACGCUGUGUGUCUGACAGGGAUGCUCUUCGAAACCACAAUUCUUCAUGAGGACCUCCUGUCUGUACUGAAAGAAGCUCCACCCCGAGUUGGUCUGUGUGGCCUUCCAGGCACAGGGAAGACAAGAACCCUUGAGCUGAUCGGACGACGAUGGAUGUCUGAAGGUCAUGAUGUGCUUGUGGUCUCCUUGUGCCAGACCAGUCUCGCGGCUUCUUUGAUGCUUUGCGAGAUCCUUGACAGGAAGACAGAUAGAAGUCACAAGCAAGGAAGUCCACAACCACCUCAGGGUCGCGUCGUCCCUGUGGCCUUUGACCUGAAGCGAGAUAAUGUCUACGACAUUGUCAGAGCAAUGAAAGACAGGCUGCUACAGAAAGAAAAACUGUUUAUUAUCUGUGAUGAAGUGGAUCAUGAUGGAAAUUACACAUCGUUCAUCUAUUUCUGUGAAAAGCUUUUAAAGAAGGUCCCAAUGCUUCAUUUGUGGUUCGCUAGCUGUUUCAUAGAAAAAAGUCCAAUGGGCUGGCAAGCAAAGGUAUUUUUGGACCCUAUAAGUUGUCCAACAGCAAUUUUGAAAGAGAAGCAGUUGUCAGAGACAGUUGAACUUUGCAAAAUUAUAAAGUGGACUCUGGACUCUAAUACACGGACACCAACAGAGGGUCCAUCAGUCAAGUACGUGUACCAUGGUGGAGAAGAGCACUCUGAAGGAGAUCCACAGGACUGUAAAGCCUGCGCCGAAGAAGUGGUACGCUGCCUUCUACAUCUGUUCACGGGUAAAGCCUCUUUCACCUCAGAAUCUUCUUUCACAGCGAACUCUACAAGCAAUGGAACAGGUUCACCUCCAUCUGAGCUUCGCCUUCAAGACAAUGACAUGAUGGUGUUGACUGAAUGUGAUGUGAAAGAGAAUAUGAUGCUCUUCGAAAUGCUGAGGAAUUCAGGUUUUAAGACAAAGUUAAUAAAUAAAUCACAAGCAGACAGUGUUUUAAAAGACACAAGUGAAUGUGUCCUAAUAGCAAACGGGAAAGAUGUUCAUAGCAUCAAAAGAAAAGUUGUGGUUUUCUUGGAAGGAUCGCUCACUAAAUCAAAGUCGAAGAAACAUGAAAAACCUCCAGACUACUUAAACAGGGUGCGGUGUGUAACUAGCUGCACUUCCCAGCUGAUAUGGAUUAGGAUUCCAGAGAAACAGAGCAUAUAGCAUUACACAACUUGAACUUAAUGUUUUUUCUACAUAAGAAUCUUUCUGGAUGUUGUAAUCUACACGUUAAAUAGACAUAUCUUUGCUAUUUAUAUGGGUAAUAAUUAUUGUAACAAAAGUAAGCAGUGUGUGGUUUUAUAAAAAGAGUUGCAUCAAGUAAUUACAUACGAACCAUAUUUAAAUGUAAAUAAUAAUGAAAUAUUACAAAAUAAACGUUUCAUUAUAAAUAUUACUUUCUAGUUCAACGUAUAAAAUAAGCAAAGACCACCUGUCUACAAAAUAUUGACAAAAAAUAAAGUUAUUCAAUAGUUAACUGAUUAUGUUUUAAAACUAAAGCAAACCGGUUUUUAUGAAUGACCUUAUCGAUAUAAAUCCAAGAGCGGAGAUUACUGUGGAUAUCUUGUCUAUUCCUCGACAAACAGAUCAAAUGUAUUUUCAGUUUUUCCUUUGGGGACAAUGCAUGAUUUUUAGCUGAUAUUUUACCUGGACUACAUACUGUGGGGCAAUUAGCCCGUCAUACAGUUGUUGCACACCUAAUUGCACGGAACAGAUGAGGCAGGUAAAUCGCAAAAGUAGAUCAUCACCGAAAUGUUUAGUUUGCCAAUGUAUUUUCUUAAACAACUGUAUCGUCUGCUAUUUUCCUUACAGACUUACAGCUCGCUCUAACAUAUUUAAAUAUAAUUUUUUUUUUAAAUUCUACAAUCAUUUGUCUUGUAAAUAAAAAGGACAACUAAAACAUCAA